CGUCAUUGUUAUUUAAUUGACUUUGGAAAAUGGCGAAGAAAACAUACGAUCUUCUGUUCAAGUUAUUGUUGAUUGGAGAUUCGGGCGUAGGGAAAACUUGUGUCCUUUUCAGGUUUUCCGAUGAUGCCUUUACAACAACUUUUAUAUCAACUAUUGGUAUAGAUUUCAAGAUCAAAACAGUAGAAUUAAGAGGAAAGAAAAUUAAACUACAAAUAUGGGAUACAGCUGGUCAAGAGAGAUUCCACACUAUCACAACGUCGUACUACCGAGGUGCUAUGGGCAUUAUGUUAGUUUACGACAUCACCAACGAGAAAAGUUUCGAAAACAUUGUCAAGUGGUUACGAAAUAUUGAUGAGCAUGCAAAUGAAGAUGUGGAGAAGAUGAUUCUGGGAAACAAAUGUGAUAUGGAAGACAAAAGAGCUGUCAACAAAGAGAGAGGAGAAGCUAUUGCCCGAGAGCAUAGCAUCAGGUUCAUGGAGACUUCGGCCAAAGCGAAUAUCAACAUUGAAAAGGCUUUCAAUGAACUGGCUGAGGCGAUUCUAGAUAAGACAUCUGGCAGAGAUCCAACGGAAGCACCAGACCGUGUGUUAGUAGACCGCGGCCGGGUGGACCGGGGUGUUAACCGUUGUUGCUAGACACUCGCUUGCCUGCGCUCACGCCGCGCACCGCGUACAACGAUCCAGUGACGUACACAUGACAUAUCUUCAUUGUGACACUGCUCUUUCAUUAUUCUGUCAAUGGGAAAUGUCGAGUGAUGUGAAAUGGGAAACGGCGUAGACAAGUUGUGAAAGGCAGUGUCCAAAAGAGAGGCAAAAGCUUAUUAAAAAAGAAACAAACCAAUUUUCUAAUUAUAUAUUGUAAUUUUGUGUGUGUUGAUUUUGCACAGUGUAAAUAAAUACAAGAUCGCUUUUAUUACCGA